CCACGCCCAUCAAUAGAUCUUUUUAAGAAAAAGAAGACGUGUUUCUACUGCUGCAACUUUCUCCCUUUACUUCUAAAUUGAGACUGAUCCUGUCUUUAAAUCCAAAAUACCAUCAUGGCCUCGUUUGGAGACCAAUACUACUCCACUACAUCUCUGCUGAGUUCAUUCCGUGUUGCUGAGCUAAAGGAACUAAUGAAGGCUAUGAAUACUUCAGCUGGAGGGAGGAAGAAAGAGUUACAGAUGAGGGCAGAUAAACUAGUAAUGGCUGAUGCUCCUGGCAUCCACGCUCACAUCAAAGACAUUUAUGAGAAGCAUUUCGGACGUCGGGCCAUCCCCCCGAAAGUCUCACCUCCAAAGCCUCCAAUAUCAGCGUCUACAGCCCCGGCCCCGCCCUCUUAUGUCGUCAAGUAUCCUGACGUUAAAUUCAAAUCCUAUCCUUUCUAUCAGCUGGUCGCUACCAUCAUGAGACCAACUUACCUAGUGACACAGAGUAGCAUGUACAGUCGGGAGAAGGUUAUGGUGACCCAAUUUCACUUAACACCACAACAAGUCCAGGAGAUAUUCAUAUCAGAGACCACACCCGGGAACUUUCAAACUCAAGUCAUUUUGAGACUGUGUAGGCGUGAGACCAGCUGUGAUCAGGAGGACUAUUGUCCAACAGAGUGCCGACUCAGCAUAAAUAAGAAGAGUUGUGUAAUACCAGGUUAUAAUUACAGUUUGUCCGGUCGUCCUGAUUAUAAGUACCUGAUGAAGCCGAUCAACAUUACUUCAUUUGUCCACACUUCAGCUCCUCAGGCCAACACUGUCACAGUCUCAUGGAGGGAUAGUCAUAAUGACCCACAGGGUUACUGUAUGACCAUACAGUUGGCUAGAAGCCUGUCUCCUUCAGAUCUUCUUCAAACGUUGAAAGGAAAAGGAGUUAAAUCUCCUGAAAUAUCCCGUGCCUUGGUUAAAGAAAAGUUAACAGUUGAAACUGAUUCCGAAAUAUCAGCUACCAGCCUUAGGGUAUCACUGAUUUGUCCAUUGGGUAAAGUCAAGAUGUCUUAUCCUUGUCGCUCUGUCUCUUGUAACCACUUGCAGUGUUUUGAAGCAGCAACUUACCUCCAACUAAACGAAAAGAAACCCAAAUGGUUAUGCCCAGUCUGCGACAGGAAGGCACCAUUUAUUGAACUCAUUAUUGACGGGUUAUUGAAGGAUAUCUGCUCUCAGUGCGAGGAAACUGAGAUUGAGUUCAGUGGGGAUGGGUCUUGGAAACCAAUUAGAGAAUCAAAAUCAAAAGAUACUUGUACUAUAUCAGACGCUCCAAUUAUAAUUAAUCCUUCUACAGCUACAACAGGUACUUCUUCCAACCCACCUGCUCCAGUAGUCAUUGAUUUAACUUUAGAAUCAGACGAUGAUGAUGACGAUGAUGAUAUUUCAGUUAGGAUGAAAGAUGAAGAUCAUUCUACAGUUGGUCCUAAUGCAGGCUCUGAUGGCCCACCCUCUCCAUCUCUCCUCCAACUCUCUAUACCAACAUUCCGGUUCCCCCUCCUCCCUUCCUCCCCUACCCCUUGUCCUCCCUCUCCCCCCUCCUCCUCCUCCUCGGCUCCUAAAUUCCUGAGACUUGGCCUCUCUAGCUUACCCUCUAUGGGUUCUUCCUCCAGUACCCACGUACCUGUAAUACUUGAUUCUAGGAGUCAUCCUGGCCACACCCACAAUCCGCUAGAGAAGGAUCGGCCUCGUACAAAUAUAUCGUCUAUUCCUUUUCGGAUCAUGCCACCUGCUCCUAGCCUGCUUGAUAGUUUGAAUUUAUCAGCUAGAUUGAAUGAUUCGAGACUAAUGAUUAGUUAUAAUAAUUAUGGUGGUGGUGGGAGGGGUUCUAGCAGCGAUAGUGAAGAUGAUGAUGCGUAUAUUAAUAUUGUUGAUAUGUUGAGUGAGAGGGAGAGGAGGAAGAGAAAGCGACCAACAGCUCCUGCUCGUAUAUCUUCGUCACCAGAAUCAGAUCUCUCACAAGAGAGGGAUAUGGCUCACUGUACGAGUAGCCAGGAGUCUUUACAAAUCAGCGGAGGGACGGCUCCUCUUCCUUCAACUACGGGAGAGCUCAGUCAAGCAGAGAUACAAUCAGUUCUCGACUCGAUAUUCUUCUCGACUUCCUCCUCUCUCCCUCUCUCUUCUUCUCUUCCUUCGACCGUAUCUCAGUCUUCUUCUUCCUCUGUCACUACUACUGAAGCUGAUCUCGUCCAGCAGCAACAGCAACAGUGUCUGGUUGAUGAAGAAUCAGCAGGGACAAGACCUUCUACUCAAGCUAAGUAUGUCACCUCCACUUCUUCAGGAAGAAGGGUUGGUACUCAAGUCUCCUUGUCCCACCUGUUACAUUCUCAUUUAUACAUCACCCAGUCCUCCCUCUCUCUCGGCCCCACUGGUACUCAAUCAUUCGCUGGUUUUACUGGUAUUGUCACAUCAGUGGAUGAGUCAAGAGGCGUGGUCUCGCUAUCCUUGACUCCGCCCACAGCCAGUAUCCAUACCUUGCUCCUCUAUCGUCCGAGCGUCCAGUUAUUAGAACCUAUUAGGCCUAAGGAAGGAGAUAUGGUAAGAGUUAUCAGAGGACCUAGUGCUGGUCUUGAAGGAAAACUUGAUGUCUGCAAAGAGACAUUUCAGUUCAUGAUACGGAGUUUAUGUGGGACUUAUGGACAACUAAUCGGGAUUAAUGAUCUUGUCAAACUAGUCAGACAGGCUUCGACGAUGCCUACAGCCACGCCCACGUCUCCUCACCCUGCCCUUUCCCCUUCUCCCCCUCCCUCCCGCCCACUCUCUCUUGGAACUAACGAAUUCUAUGUCACGCCCUCUAACCAGUUAUAUGAAACCACGCCUCUUUCUUACGAAGCGAUGAGUCCUUCCCUCUCACCUUCCAGCCCCUGGACUCCGUAUUCUCCUCAAGAACCAACCGAAAGCAUCUCUGUCCUUCCCUCCCCUCUCUCUCCCCCAUCCACCAUGUUCCCUUCUCAUACUCACCUUCCUUCUCCAUCAUUGCAAAGCCACGCCCCCUCACUAAGAAACCACGCCCACCAAAUGCUACCAUACUCUCAAUACGGCCAGUGUAGUCUAUAUCCUCCAGGCCAUGCCUCCUCCGCAGUUAUGGCUCAGUGUCGGGUCCCUAUGGGCGGAGUCAAUCAGUCGCUCCGUCUCCCCUCUCCCUACAUGAGAUUCAGUAGAUUACAAGCUCCGCCUACUUAUAACCAGUCAAUUGCUGGUCGUGUUAAUGGAUCAAUCGCCUCCCAGAAUGGUUAUAGAGACAGGAGUAUUUCUGCUCCAGGCUCCGCCUACCAGAGCAGAAGUGGUCCGGGCCAGACCUCAAGGGAUUCUUGCUGUAUCUUAAAAAAGAUAUUCAAUUAUUCUUCAAGCCCCGCCCCCUCUAACGAGUCCAACAUCAUUGAACAGUUAAAGAACUUGGCUUGUCCCUCCAAUGGUACAUCUAAAUUCAAAUCUCCUGUUUCUUGUCCGGGCCGAGUGAUACAGCCUGACCUGCUGAUAGAUAAAGUGAUUAAUAACCUGAUGUGUAUAGAACCACCUGAUGACUGGUACAGCAGGGGAACCAAUGACCAAGAAAGAAUGAGUGUAUCUGAUGAGAUAUGUACUGAGAGUGUAGUGGUAUCAUCAAACUGUCCACUUACUAAACAGAAGAUGGCCUACCCCAGUAGAGGUCUCCAUUGCUACCAUUUACAAUGUUUUGAUGCCAAGGCUUUUCUACAAAUGGCUUUGAGAAAGUAUAGGAAGAGCGUGACAUCCAAAGGUCAAGGGUCUGGGUCUAAUGGUUUCUGUGGAGGAGUCUGUCUGAAGUGUCCAGUGUGUAAUAAAGGGAUUGGGCUGAAGGAACUAAUUAUUGACAAAUAUCUAAAGAAGGUUCUAGAGGUCACUGAUGCUCUAGAGCUCCAGUGUCAUGGUAACGGUAAUUGGAAGCCAGUGGAAAAGAUUGAUCAGACUCCGCUGUCAGUGAUUGACUUAACACUUGAUGAUGAUGAUUGAUUGAUUGAUUGUUUAUUUAUUAAUUUAUUAUUGUUUUCUCGCUCUUUCUCUACCAACUAUU